GAACCAGCCGCGCGUGAUGCAAAUGCAGCCGAAUCGACCGACCAACUCUGGGGCAGUCCAAUGCAUGCGAUGCGAGAGAAAGCCCAUGCCAUCAGAUGAUUCCCAUUCUUCUGCUCCGACACACGGAUCUGAUGUGGCACUGAUGAUUUAAUACUACUCGUUUGAAGUUGCAAAAGCAAGCAAGCAAGGAGGCACCUUGUUGAGCAUGCAGAUUAGCUCCGAAAAGGAAGCUGGGGGAGAGAGCAAGGAAUGAAGCAAGGCGAGAUACCAAACCCAAUUCCCAUCCUCCUCCUGCUCAAUCACAUUCUCAUCUCCCCCAACCUUAACCAUCCUUCCUCCGUUCCGGCGCGCCUCCCCUUCACCUUAAUGCCACUCCUCCAGCAUUAAUCCAAUCGAUUCCCCGCCGCCCACGCUCAUGGACACAAAGGGAGGAGCUCACCCUACUCAGAGAUAGCUGAGGGGCAGCAGGGAGAUGCGGCCGGCCGAGCGCGGGAAGCCGCGGAUCCGGGAGGAGGACCAUCGCAGGAGCUCCGGCGUGGUGUGGGCGAUGGUGAUCCUGUGCACGCUGCUGGCCAUCGGCGUCAUCGUCACUGGCGCCACCGUGUUCGCCGUGUACCUGCUGUACAAGCCCAAGAUGCCGUACCUGCUGGUCUCCGACGCGCGGCUGGUGGCGCUGGAGUACGACGGUACGGGCACCAUCCAGAACCUGGUGCUGUCGCUCACCAUCCAGGCCGAGAACACCAACUCCAAGGCCAACGCGUCCUUCUCCCGCGUUGACCUCGCCGUCGGCUUCCGCGGCGCCGAGGUUGCCGUUCUGCGCGCCAGGCCCUUCUCGGUCGCGCGCCGGAGCUCCGUGCCGCUGCGGUACCAGGUAGUGUCGGCGGGGCGGCCGCUGAGCCCCGACGGGAUGCGGUAUAUGGACGGGGCGCUCAAGGCCGGGGUGGUGCCGCUCGACCUCUUCGGCAAGGCGCGCACCAAGUGGAAGGUGGGCAUCUUCGUGUCGCUCCGGUUCUGGACGCGCAUCUCCUGCCGCUUCCUCUUCUUCUUCCCCGGCAACAGCACCGCCAUGCCCAUCGACUGCCGCUCCAGGUCGCCCUAGCCCAUGGCAUCACUACUCACUCUGCUAGUCUGCUUCCCUCAUCAUUCAUUCACCCGGAUAUUUUCUCCUGCCAUUCGUUCGUUCGUUCGUUCACUCGAUCAACUGAAUUAGUUGAGUCC